AUGCCCGCCACCACCGGCCUCCCCCCGCCGCCAACGCCGCCGCCGCCGCCGCCCCGGCGCGGCGCGGAGCCACCCACCCCCUUACCGCCGGCGAGCUGCUCCUCCGCGCCGCGCGACGGGCCUGCCGAGCCUGCGCACAGCGGCGGCGGCUCUGCCCAGCUCCCGCCGAGGACAAUGGGUGGCCUCUGGUCCCUCCGGCUGUGUCCCUGCCCUACCCCGAGUCCCCGAGCCCUGCUCACCCCCCUCCAUCGUCCCGCCCCUCGCCCGGCUCCUCAUCCCCAACCUCCCCCGCCGCGUCCUUUGUCCCCUCCCCGCGUCCCGGCCCGCCUCUCGCCCCCCGCCCGGCCGGGGAGCCGGCGCUCAGCCCCCCCCAGCGGGAGGCGGCGGGCGGCCGAGGCUGCCGCUCCACUCGCCAUGGACCUUCUGGCUGGAGGAGAUUUCUGGAGUGUCUACAACAACCUUCCUCCUGUGACAAAUUUGCCUCCAAUAUGCAGUUACCAUUUAAUGCAAGGUGAAGGACAGACCCUUUGGUAUGGAGAGGAAAGCAAUGCCAAAGGAGGUAUAUGGACAAUGAAGGUCCCUAAAGAAAGUACAGCUGCAGUUUGGGAAGAGCUACUGUUAGCAACUACUGGACAGCAGUUCACAGGCUGGUGUGCAGCAGGGUUUAUAAAUGUAAAACCUGAACUGCUCGACAAGAAAAUACCUGCAAAGAGUUGAAAGGAAACGGCCCUCCGGUGCAGGGCUGGCACUGGAGCUGCCAUGAGAUGGCACUGCAACACAAAGCAUGGAGCCAGCCCGCCCCUGGAUGAGCUGCUCUCCUCCCGACGGGUGUGCAGGGAAGAACCCUUCCUGGUGGGGAAAAAAAUGCCAGGGAAGAGAAAGGUCUUAUGUAAGGAUAAUUCUGCUAUUAGUCAGGGGGAGCUGUCAUGGAGCUGUGUCUGGACUGGACUUUUCCUUCUUACACAAAGCACAUAAUGCUGUAGGAAUUCAUGUAUAAACAGUGCAAAUAAGGGGGAUGGCUAAGUUAUGAACAGCAGUAAGGAAAGAGAUUUUCUGUAACUGUUGCUGGCAAAUUCAGAGUCUUUGAUUUCUGGCAAGUUUCUGAGCAUAACUCACGUUAAAAAUAGCCACGGUGUAACUUACUUCUUGACUUGUGUGUUGAGCAUACACAAAGCUUAAAGCUGCUGUGCCGCCUGGGUGUUGCUCCCUGGGGAUGGGACAGGACCUCUUCCUUGGCUCUUUGCUCCUGACAGGAUGUGGGAAAAGCACUUUGUGUGCACAGUGAGGCAAAGCACCGUGCUCAUCACAGUGUGCCAUGUAACACCAUUGUGUUGGUGACAUCUCUGCUGCUGUAAAUGAAACGCUCUUGGAAAAUCCUUUUGCCAACUGUUUUCCUUAAAGACAGGCAAUAAGCUUGGGGUGCUGCAUGCUACAAUUUCUAGUUAAUUUGUAAUGAGACAUACUAAACCAAGGAGGGGGGCUGUAUAUAUUGUGAGCAGCUUCUCCCCUCUGUUGAGCUGAACAGAAUAUUGCCUUCCCCCUCUUCUCCCCACCUAGAAAUCUGCUUUUCUGGUGCUAUUGUCUGGGUCUAAAUCUUGGAAAGUAAACACUAGCACAUCAAAUGCUGUCAAAAAGUAAGAGUGGGCUGUGUCUCCAGGCUUCCCUAUGGCCUGGGAAGGUCAGGAGCAAUUCUGGAAGAAGCCAGCAAAGCCCAUGCAUGUGUUGAUGACCUGUACUUGCCCAGCACGGGUGCCCCUGCUGAUGCCAGGCUGGGGGUCAGCCAGCUGUGUUACAUGAACACUUCUUAAUGCAGUUACAACUUCAGCAUCCCCUGGCUGGUGCUGGGCAGACCCCUCCACCUCGCACCUUGAAACACCCUCAAGGGGUAUCACACAGACCACCCUGGGGACCAGUGUUUUCCUGGGCUCCCAGUAGGAAAAGGGCUUUGACAAGGAGUAGCCUGGUGCUGGGGCCAGCUUGUCAGUGCAGAAGCUGUUUCAUGGCAGUAACAGGUUGCAGAAAUCCACCUGAGUUCAGACACCUGCCUGCUGGAACUGCUGAUUGAGGUCUGCUCUUCCCAGGCACCGUGACCUGCAUUAUCCUUGCCCGUUACAUAAA